GCUAUGUGCCGGUGUUUAUAUCUACCUACUUAAUCUUUGUGUAAACUUUCCGAUGUUGUGUAUCAUAAUAUUUAGUGAAAGCAAAUUUAUUUUUCAAAGAUUGAUUUGAAAGAAAACAAUUUACGAACAAUCCAGUUAAAAUAGUAAAGUGUUGACUAGUUAGUUAAAGAAACCAGUUUUGUUCAACGUUUAUCGGACAAUCGACUUGAACGAUGCAUACGAUUUUUUCGGAUCAAAAUGCUUAUUACCGCUCCAGUGCCGCACCUUACUCUACAGCGGCGGCAGCUGCAGCAGUGAAUGUUUCAACGAAUCAUUAUGCUUACGAACAGUAUUCUCGAUACGGGUAUGCAGCAGCAUGGCACCACCAACAGCAUCAAAUAUCCAACACCAAGGAUAUGGUUAAACCUCCCUAUUCCUACAUAGCCCUAAUUGCCAUGGCUAUUCAAAAUGCCAAAGAAAAGAAGAUCACGUUAAACGGUAUUUACCAAUUCAUAAUGGAAAGGUUUCCUUAUUACCGAGAAAACAAACAAGGUUGGCAAAAUUCCAUCAGACAUAAUCUCAGUCUAAACGAGUGUUUCGUGAAGAUACCCAGGGAUGAUAAGAAACCUGGAAAAGGAAGUUACUGGACUCUUGAUCCUGAUUCCUAUAACAUGUUCGAUAACGGAUCAUACUUGAGGAGAAGGAGGAGAUUCAAGAAAAAGGACGCUUUGAGAGAAAAAGAAGAAGCUUUGAAAAGGCAGCAAUUAAAGACAGAAACACCACCUACAGGCGUUUUAUCACCAAGAGUGGAACAGAAGGUAGAUGAAGUUAAAUCCAAAUUUGUAUAUAAAUCUAAGAGAGAAUUAGACACCGAAUUGACCCCGUGCAUGAACAACAAAUACGCAGACACAAAAUAUCCGAUGAAUCAUCAGCAAGAUCACCUUAUGGGCGAUGUAGGACCUCCAAUUCAAGUUAUGGAUACAACAACAGCGUUUUCAGUUGACAGUUUGAUGAUCAGCAGAGAUCAAAUGGGAAUCCAUCAUCCAAGCUCAGGCAGGCUUCAUUCUCCAGCUGAAAUCUAUUCGUAUUGUUCUAGUGCAACCAGUCCCCAACAUCAGUACAUCGCUGAUGAAACCGCUUCAAGGUAUGCCCCAUGGUACAGUCCUGAGACCUCGCCAGAAUCCACCACGGCCACGCCUGGUUACAGAGACAUCAUCUUCGACGGCACCAUCGGUCCAAGCUGUCAGUUGUCCAGUUUCAGACAUUCCGGAGUUUCUACUACCCCACCAACGUACAAGACAGCAGGUUAUUAUCAUCAAUAAUGUGGUGUUUAGGACUGUACUGACGUUAUUAUUUAUCGGAAUGCAAUAGACAAUGGUUGAUGAGUGUAAAUUUAUUCCUAUUUAUUAUUUGAGUGCUUUUGUCAUUCGAUUCGAAGACUUUACCCACCUCAUCCAAAUGUGAUUAUGUAAGUAAGUUAUUCGCAGAUUUUUAUUGUUUGGUGCUGAAGGUGUCCACCUUGCAUUGAUAGGUAGUGGAUUUUCUUUAUAUAAGAGAAUUGAAAAGAUAACUUAAAUGUGAUAUUCGUUCAAUAUUAAAG